AUGCCCCCAAUUAAAUCUAACAAGCGAACUCUUCCAAUACAAAAUUUUGAUCAAUUUGGGCUCAAGAUUAAAACCAUUGCACUAAAAAAAAAUAAAAAUGCUGCAAGACUUUUCUUUUUAAAAUUAACGGAUCCUGAUAGUAGCAAUGCUG